CUACUAUGCUGGUCGGCCAGCCCGCCGAUGGGGGCCUGAUAUCAGCCAAGUAAUAACCUAGGACGACACUGUUUCUGCGAUACGCUCUUACUCACGGCAAUUCACAAUGACUACUCAUACGAACUCCAAAGAUGCAUCCAUCAGUGUCUUCUCAUCCCACCGUCUCAACCCAAUAAAUCGCAAGAUCUACAGUGGCUUCACAGAGCACAUGGGAAGAUGCAUCUAUGGCGGUAUAUACGACCCGGAGAACCCCAAUAAGGCCCUCAUCACACCCCAGGGCUUCCGCAAAGAUGUCAUCGAUGCACUCAAGCCCCUCAACAUCCCCGUAUUCCGCUACCCUGGCGGUAAUUUCUGCGCAACUUACCAUUGGGAGGAUGGCGUUGGACCACGUGAUAAACGGCGCAAGCGGCCAGACUUGGCUUGGGGGGCGCUCGAGCCGAAUUCCUUCGGCACGGAUGAGUUCAUGCAAUGGUGCAAGGAACUAGAUACGGAACCGUACUUGUGUUUGAAUUUCGGCACUGGCACGCUUGAUGAAGCGAUGGCGUGGGUUGAGUAUUGCAAUGGCACCGAAGACACGCAUUAUGCAAACUUGCGUCGUCAGAACGGAAAUCAGGAGCCGUACAACGUCAAAUAUUGGGCACUUGGGAAUGAGGUUUGGGGAGACUGGCAGGUCGAGCAGAUGACGGACACCGCGUAUGCUGAGCGCGCUUUGCAGUGGGCCAAAGCGUUAAAGUACCUAGACCCCAACAUCGAACUGAUACUUUGUGGUCGUGAAGGUCCGACCACCUGGGACUACACCGUGUUGAAGCACUGCAUCCGCGCAAGAGGCAACGAUCCCGUCGGCCAGCCACGCCUCCAGUUGAUUGACAUGCACUCGAUCCAUCUGUAUACAGCAUCCGAGAACCAUUACGAGAACGUGUACGCUCCCUUAACGGCCGAGCGUGCCAUCGAGGUUGCGUCCGCCCUGAUUGACCUCACAUACUACGAACAGAAGAUCCCAGCCACCCAGAAGCGCCCCAAGAUCUGCUUCGAUGAGUGGAACGUGUGGUGGUCGAAACGUGCGCCAGGCUGGCUUGGUGCGGAAGAGAAAUACACGUUGAGCGACGCACUGGCGGUCGCUGUGUGGCUGAACGUGUUCAUACGUAAAAGCGCAGAUGUUGAGAUGGCGAAUAUUGCGCAGAGCGUAAAUGUCAUUUCACCACUCAUGACGACGGAAGAUGGCAUCAUCAAACAAACCUCAUGGUAUCCCUACGAGCUUUUCUGUCGCUAUAUGUCUGGUUCUCUCAUCUCGGUGCACCUUGCAUGCGAAGAGUACGAUGGGCCUACGAAGCUGGAAUUUACGCGCGUCACAAAGAAGACGCCGUGGUUGGAUGUCAGCGCGACGUUCGAUGGUGAGCACGUCAACCUGGCAGUUGUGAACGUGCAUGAGGAGAAGGAUUUUGAGACAAGAAUCAACGGGGUCAAAGGAAGUGUGCAGGUUUUUGUUGUUUCAGGCGAGAAUGUGGAUGUUACGAACAUGGGAGGUAAAGAGGAGGUGGCUAUCAAGGAGGAGAUGUGGGAUGGGAAGGGACUGUAUACUUUUCCAAAGCACAGUUUCACGUUGUUGCGGUGGAAAGCAUGA